AUGGCUUCUCCCAAACCCGUGAAGAUUCUGAUGCUACAUGGCUACACGCAGAACGGAUCACUCUUCCGCGCGAAGACACGCGUGCUUGAGAAACGCUUACAGAAAGCACUCCCGUCAGUCAGUCUCACAUACCCGACAGGGCAGAUACAACUGAAGCCAAGUGAUGUGCCUGGGUUUGACGGCAACCCUACGGAGUCUACAGAGGCUUACGGGUGGUGGAGGAGACGAGAUGAUUCGGACCCGCCAGAGUACGCGGAAGGACCUUUCGACGGAGUCAUUGGAUUCUCGCAAGGAGCAUGCUUUGCUGCCGUUGUCGCAUCAUUACUGGACGGUGAUACGAGACGGAAAGCAUUUGAGGAGGCACGAUCGCGAUCAAAGCAUGCCAUCGCUUAUCCAAAAUCAUUUGAAGAUCUCGAUCAUCCCCCUCUGAAGUUCGGCAUCGUCUACUCGGGCUUCAUACCCCCAGGCGAGCGCUAUGAGGCUCUCUACAACCCUCCAAUUCACACGCCUCUUUGCCACUUCAUCGGAAGUCUCGACAGUGUUGUGGAGGAAGCACGCACACAAAAGCUAGUGGACGCUGCUGGUGGAAACGACAAGACUCAAGUUAUCGUUCAUCCAGGUGGACACUUCGUGCCAACAAGCAAGCAAUACCUGGACAUCGCAGCAGGAUUCGUGGAGCAAGCAAUGAGGCCUAAGCCAGAGGUCAACGGCAACAAGGAAGAAAGCGCCGAAGACAUGGAUGUUCUCGCCGUCGAUCUUCUCAACCCUACACCCCAGGCGGAGGCCCGCAAGCACAAGCUCAAGACCCUGGUGCCCGCUCCUCGGUCAUUCUUCAUGGACGUCAAGUGCCCAGGUUGCUUCACAAUUACCACCGUCUACUCGCACGCACAGACUGUCGUUGUAUGCGCUGGCUGCAGCACGGUGCUGUGCCAGCCCACCGGUGGCAAGGCCCGCUUGACCGAGGGCUGCUCAUUCCGAAGAAAGUAG